GAUAAUGUUGAAGUUAGUUUUGUUUGUAGCCCUUGCGGCGAAUGCGAUCUUUGUGGUGAGUGGGACAGGCCAGAACAGCUGUAACAAUAAAUGUAAUAAACCAAAUGAAGUUUACGAGGUAUGUCCAGCUACAUGCCCAUUCAGAACAUGUGGAAUCGACGAUCGAGUUAUUUCUUGUGCACCACCUCCAAAAGUAGGAGAUCCUAAUUGUUCACCUCCAGCUUGCAGAUGUAAAAGUGGUUUCUAUAGAGACGACAAAGGAAACUGUGUUAAAUGGGAAAACUGUCCUGUAUGUAAAAAACCAAAUGAAGUGUAUGAUCCCUGCCCAGCCCCUUGUCCACCUCGAAGGUGUGAUGUUGACGAUCGCGUAAUUAGGUGCAAAGCCCCACCACAAUUGGGUGAUCCAGAAUGUGAACCCGGCUGCCGGUGUGCAGAUGGUUACGCAAGAAAUGAUAAGGGUAUCUGCAUCCCUAGGGAUCAAUGCUCCGUACUACCAUGCAGAAAGCACGAAGUUUAUGAGAAGUGUCCAAAUCCUUGUUUACCACAAAAAUGUUCCGAGGUUGGAUUUCCAAUAGCUUGUCCUGCUUCCGUCAUUCCACCAUGUGGAAAACCUGCCUGUGUUUGUGAAGACGGAUACUACAGAAAUUGUGAUGGUGUUUGCAUACCUUCGAAAAAUUGCCCUUCAUGCGGUGGGGAUCCAAAUGCAAGGCCUGGCUGUGGCAAUUGUAGGGAGACUUGUUCCAAUUAUAACAGUACAGAACCCAUCUAUUGUACACAAGUAUGUUACUCCAAUGCUUGUGAUUGCUUGCCUGGUUACGUGCUUGAUAACAAUACUGGAAAGUGUGUGCGUCCUAAAAAUUGCACACCUGUUUGUGGUAAGGAUGAAGUUUAUUCAAGUUGCGUGAAUGGCGGCUGUGACAAGAGAAAUUGUUCACAGUUAUCACAACCAAAAGUCUGCAUAGAUCCAAUUAAAUGCUUGGGCGGGUGUAUCUGUCGCGAAGGCUACUUACGAGAUGACAAUGGCGUUUGUGUACCAAUAGAUCAAUGUGGUUGUUCAAACCCAUCAUGCAAGAAGAACGAAGUUUAUAACAAGUGUCCAAAUCCGUGCAAACCGCAAAAGUGCUCCGAGGUGGGUUUUCCAAUAGCGUGUCCUGCUUCCGAUGAACCGCCAUGUGGAAAACCUGCCUGUGUUUGUGAUGACGGAUACUACAGAAACUGUGACGGUGUUUGCAUUCCUUCGAAAAAUUGCCCUUCAUGCGGCGGCGAUCCAAAUGCAAGACCUGGCUGUGGCAAUUGUAGAAAGACUUGUGCCAAUUAUAAUAGUACAGAUCCUAUCAUGUGCAUUCAGAUAUGCUACGACAAUGCUUGUGAUUGCUUGCCUGGUUACGUACUUGAUGGUAACACUGGAAAGUGUGUGCGACCAAAAAAUUGCUCGCCAGUAUGCGGUAAAGAUGAAGUUUACACAAGUUGCGUGAAUGGCGGUUGUGACAAGAGGAAUUGUUCACAGUUGUCACAACCAACACUCUGUAUAGAUCCAAUUAAAUGCGUGGGCGGGUGUAUUUGUCGUAAAGACUACUUACGGGACAGUAAUGGUGUUUGUGUGCCAAUUGAUCAAUGUGGCUGUGGGAUACCGGUUACCACGUCAGCGCCAAAAGAAUGUUCAUGCGAUAAUGUGGACGAACAGCUAGAUGAUUUAGAAGAAGGAAAUACUGGUUUCACGGGAAAGUUUUUCUAUGAAAUAGUUAAGAGCAACCCAGGAGUUAGUGUCAUAAUGUCGGCAUUUUCUGUUUUAACUCCUUUAGCUGAAUUAGGUCUAUACACUUCUGGGGCGGCAUUAGAAGAGUUGUUGAAUGUUUUGGGUCUUCAAAAUAAGGACGAGAUACGGUGCGUCUUUCCAAAAAUCAAUGAUUUAUUGGAAGCUGAACAGAAUAAUACAUUAGAUUUGGCUGCGAAAGUAUUUGUUAAUCAAGAUUAUCUACUGACUGAUGAGUUUAAAAAGGAUACACAAGAUGUGUUUGAUGCUGAAGCAGAAAAUAUAGAUGUAGGUGAUCCAGAUAAAGCAGCAGCGACCAUAAAUGAUUGGGCUGCUGAACAAACCAGAAAUCUUAUUAAGGGAAUCAUUUCACCUGAUUCGAUUACUGCUUACACACGUUUAAUAUUAGCCAACGCUAUCUAUUUCAAGGGUACAUGGAAGAUACAGUUUGAUCCCAAAAAUACAGAAGAUAAAGAUUUUUCAGUUACCAAAGACAAUAUCAUUCAAGUUAAAACAAUGAAAGUUAAAGACAAGUUUAAAUACGCAGAAAGUUCGGACUUGGACGCUAAGAUUAUCGAAUUGCCUUAUGUAGGCGAAGCUAUAAGAUUUAUUGGCAUUUUACCUAAUGAUAUUGAAGGCUUAACAAAUUUAGUAGAAAAACUUCAGGAUGCAAGUGUAUUUAAUAAAGCUAUCAAUAGUUUGUCUUUGAAAACGGUUACAGUUCUAUUACCUGUCAUGGAUGUAUCUACUAAGAUAGACUUGAUUGAUGUUUUACAGAAGACCGGCGUUACAAAAAUUUUUGAUGCUAAAACAGCUGGUUUGACCGGAAUUAUACAAUCUGAUGAACCUUUGUACGUGUCUGAUGCUACCCAAAAAGCUACUAUCAAAGUAAAUGAAGAAGGUUCAGAAGCAGCAGCUGUAAACGUUGUCGGCAUUUCUACAACAUCAGUGGUUUUAAAUCCACCACCGGAAUUGUUCUUCAACGUCGAUCAUCCUGUUGUGUAUUAUAUCCUUUAUGAAGAUAUCCCUCUGUUUAGUGGCACAUUUGUGAAGCCGUAAUAUAAAGAGCAUGAAUAUAUGAUAUUUAUUAUUUAUGAAGAUUAAUAGUUGGAGGAACAUAAUUAUUAAUUUUAACAGUCUGCCAAAAAUAGAAAUAUAAUAAAGAGAAAAUGUAAUUUUCAGCAGUAAAGAUAUGAAAAGGAGCCAAAAAAUACUUUAAUAAAAUUCUAAAUAUAAAUUUAAGUUGUUACUAAGUAACUAUAGUGGAAGGUCAGAUCUAAUUUAAUAGAACGAAGUUCCACUUAACAGUAGUUGAGAUAUUAUUACGAUUUUUGUUCAUUACAGUAGAAAUAAAAUAUAAUCACAGGAGAGUGCUUAAUAUGAACACCUUUAUUGUACCUUGUUGUAUUUAAUAAUUUAUUAGUUAAACGGUUUUAGAAUCUACAAGUAAUUAUUUAGACACAAAGCAAAAGAAAUUUGAUGUAAAAUGGAUUAAACUGAAAAUAUUUAUUGACAAGUGUAAUUCUGAUAGAAUUCAAUAAUAACGCUGCUUGUGAUCGUAUUUGUACCAUACUUGUGUAUUCAAUAUUCGUUUCAAACCUUAGAUUAUUAUUACUAAAGCUGUUAUUUUCAUAAAAAAUAUAUUAUUUUAUUAUUGUAAA